AUGGAAAAGUCUGGCAAUUUUCUCGCAACUCUCUAUCGAUUCUUUGCCUUCGAUCUUGUCGGUUCAUUUCUAUCUAUCUAUCUAUCUAUCUAUCUAUCUAUCUACCUUAGCAUGUUCAUAUCUAUUUAUCUUCUAUCGAACUAUCACAGUCUGCUCAUAUCUAUCGAUUUAUUUAUCUGUCUGUUCAUAUCUAUCUAUCUUUCUAUCUAUCUAUCAGUUUGUCUGUCUGUCUCGGUCUGUUCAAGUGUCUAUCUCUCUCUGACAGUCUGUUCGUAUCUAUCUAUCUAUCUAUCUAUCUAUCUAUCUAUCUAUCUAUCUAUCUAUCUCUGGCAGUCUGUUCAUAUAAAUGUAUUUAUUUAUCACAGUGUCUUCAUAUCUAUCUAUCUAUCUAUCUAUCUAUCUAUCUAUCUAUCUAUCUAUCACUUUGUCUCUGUCUGUUCAAAUGUCUAUAUCUCCAUGACAGUCUGUUCGUAUCUAUCUAUCUAUCUAUCUAUCUAUCUAUCUAUCUAUCUAUCGCUAACAGUCUGUUCAUAUCUAUCUCAUUCUCCUCUUUGUCUCUCUCUUACUUUCGAUUAUUACUUUUUUUUUCUUUUGAUGGAGGGUGUUUCCUUUGAUUUCAAUACACUCCUUUAG